UCCCUGCCAAAUCUUUAACUACUGCUUAAAAUAUUGCAUGCUUUCUCUCUCUCUCCCUCUCUCUCUCCCCAGGCUUCUCUGUUUCUUUAUUUUCUUUAUUUUCUUUAUUGUUCAAGUAAAUUCUCUUCCUCUUAAAUCUUCACGAUCUCUUCCCCUAUCAAUCACUCAUUGAUCUUUUUAUUCUUUGCGAUUCUUUGGAAGAUAGCUUGCAGCUGCCUGUUGGAUGCAGAGUUUGAGAGAGUUUACCAGAAUUUUUAAGAGAGAAUCAGAGCUGCAGAUAUGGUUGUGGCCAAGUUUUCUUGGGAUUCUAAAGAUUGCCUCUUAAGUUCUUUUCUUGGUUUAAUGGGUUGUGAUCAAAAUGUGUUCUUUGAUUCAAUAUAGUUUCUUUUUGUGUAGAUGUUUUGAUUUCUUGUAGUUGUUUAAACUGGUGAUGAUAGUAUGGCUUGGAAGUUUUGUUUUGAGCUUAAGUUAUAUAUGAUGCCUUGUUUUGUUCCUGUUUGAUUUGUUGUAUAAUGGGUUUGAAGGACCUUCAUGUCAUGAUAGGGUUCAUGUUUUUUUUAUAUUUGUUGAAUAAUGGUGGUGAAAAGAUGGUUGAGAUGACGUAUAGUUUGGAUAAUGGUAUGUUGAAUCUUUGCAAUGCUAAUGAUUGAGAUGAUGAGUGGAUCUAAUAGGCCUUUGUCAUUAAGUAGGAGCACGUCGUCUGGUCGGAGGACUUUGAAUUCCCCAAUUACUGGGAGCCCCAGAGCAUUAGUUUUAGGAAGUCCAAAAGGUAGUCGAGUAAGUUGUCUCUCACAAUGGUUUCAUAUGCUUAUGGUGAUUGGUUCUUUUGCUUCGUUUCUUAUUGUCAUCAGUGGUGGUUAUAUAUAUGUGCUCCCAAGUCUCAGUAGGGCGUCUCUUGGUUAUAGCAUGUUUAAAUUGAACAAUUCAGGAGUUAGUUGUAAUAUUGCUGAUGGAAGUUGGGUUGUGGAUGAUAAUUAUCCGUUGUACAAUGCCUCAGAAUGUCCGUUUGCCGAACAAGGAUUCAAUUGCUUAGGUAAUGGACGGGAAGAUAAAGAUUAUCUUAAAUGGAAGUGGAAGCCUAAGAAUUGUGAUAUACCAAGGUUCAAUGUCCACAGCAUAUUGGAACGAUUUCGAGGUAAGAGGGUUGUUUUUGUUGGCGAUUCUAUGAGUAGAACACAGUGGGAGUCACUGAUAUGUUUACUUAUGACCGGAGUGGAGGAUAAGAAGAGUGUUUAUGAAGUCAAUGGGAAUAAGAUAACAAAACAGAUUAGAUUUUUAGGUGUUCGCUUUAGUUCCUUUAAUUUCACUGUUGAGUUCUUUCGCUCGGUUUUCUUGGUGCAACAUGGUUGGAUGCCUAGACAUGCUCCACGAAGGGUGAAGUCGACUCUUAAAUUGGACAAAUUGGAUAAUAUUAGCAAUGAGUGGAUUAAUGCAGACAUUCUCGUAUUCAACACAGGUCAAUGGUGGACGCCUGGGAAACUUUUUCAAAUGGGUUGCUAUUUCCAGGUUGGAGAUUCUUUAAAGCUUGGUAUGUCUAUACCUACUGCCUUCCAAUUAGCACUAGGGACAUGGGCAUCAUGGGUCGAGAAAACAAUUAACAUGAACAAAACACAUGUGUUUUUCCGAACAUUUGAACCAUCUCACUGGAGUGAUCAAAUCCGAAGGCUAUGCAAUGUGACUCGGAGACCCAUUACUGAAAUUAAAGGGAGCAACCCGAACUUAUUUUCAGGCAUCACAAUGAAGGUGAUAAAGAAUAUGACAGUUCCUGUAUCCAUUCUGCAUAUAACACCUAUGUCUGCUUUCCGAAGUGAUGCACAUGUGGGUAUGUGGGGUGACAACCAAUCGGUACCUGAUUGUAGCCACUGGUGUCUACCAGGAGUACCUGAUGCAUGGAAUGAAAUUUUCUUCACAUAUCUGCUUACGGACAAUAGACCUCCACUCUAGUGAAUGGCAUCAAAUUGGUCAAACUUAUAGUUAGGACCAAACAGUUAAACCAUGGCAAGAAAGCUUAUGCAGCCUCCGGUCUCAGCUCAGAAGCCUGGAGAAUCCGCAUUUUAUGGAGAAAAAGAUAAACAGUUUUGCAACCAAAAGGAUUUUUUCAUUUUUUUCAAUAUAUAUUCUUUUGUAUGUGACAUGAGGCUGCAAUUUGGUUCCCUAUAUGUAAAAAAUUUUCCUUUCGGUUCUGAAAUCAGAGUUUCAGCAAUGAGAAUCCACGAUGAUUACCAAGAAUCAGAGAACGAGACUGAGAAAUUGAUGUAGACAUUUUUUUUCUGCUACACUUUGGUAGGUACAUAUGGCAAGCUCAGUUUGCUAUUACAAGUUGUCCAGAAUGGAUGGAACAAACAUUUUGAUUUCAUGUAUUUUGCAGUAAAUUUGUAUCUUGUCAGUACACUUUAAACUCUAUAAGACUAGCCGUCAGUCCUUCAGAGACCAA